CUUCAGCAGCAUCGGUGCGGUGGUGGAGAGGACUUCAUCCAGGUGUGGAAUUGGCGAACCACCCCCCAGAUGGCUCUUCUGGCUUUGCACAGCUAGUCUGUUCGAUGCUGUUCUUCAGUUCAGAAUCUACUCCUUCCCAGAGUUUGCGGUAUCUUUACUGCCCCUCUUGCAGGUGGCAUGGAUGCCUUCCAGACGGAUGCCACCUUCUUCGUCUGGUUGUUGGCAUUCGCCAUCCCAGCUCUGGUGGUUCUACUUGUGCUUUGUAUCGGCUGUCCGGACCCGGCAGCUAUUGAUGAUUACCAAUAUAAGCCCCACCCUUCUGGCCAGCUCGAGACUUUCAGGGUUCUGCGGCGUAAUCCCUCUCCACCGUGGGCCCCUGCCCCACGCCAGCCAGACUUGCAGAGGUGCCCUCCGCACAAUCCUCCCAGGCUUGCAGCUUCACUUGACAAACGUGGAAAAGAUAAUGAAAGCAUUCCCAGUUAUGAGAACGAGGAACAGCCUUGUCCUACUGAUGACGAUGAAAACUAUGUUCCUGGAUACAUUGAGGUGUUGCCCGAUCUUCCGGUUAGGGACCAGGGAAACAUGGAAGGUACAUCCACAGAUUCCUUAAGGGAUCAGUAUGAGAAUAUGCCCGAGUCUCCGGUGUCUUCACGGCAGUCACUUGGAGAAUAUGUCAACGUGCUUGAGCCAGAUCCCACCAUCCUUGACCUUUGUGUCGCAGAUGGCAACAGUGACCUGGAAAGUGAAGAUGAGACUCCAGACUACGAGAAUAUCAUCAGCCCUAGAGUUUGAGGAUAAAAAGCUAAUCCCAAGGCAGAAUUCUUUCAAAGACUUGACUCUGACUACACUCC